GAUCGUGCUAACGCGUCACACUGCUGAGCUGUGUGAGCGGUAUCGUCGCACAUCCCACGCUAUCGUACACCCUUCUGAAUUAGGUCUUCCUCUGCAGUGGAGCGUUUAUUUGGAUCACAGUAAGUAGAUGCAUCGAAAGCGCGUCCGCCCGGCGGAGGUCCAUUACUGGCUGAUGAAAUCGGAGCCGCAAAAGUUCUCCAUUGAUCAGCUGGCCGCGGAGAAGACUGUACCGUGGGAUGGCGUGCGCAACUACGCAGCGCGCAACAACAUGCGUGCCAUGGCCGUCGGCGACGUUGUUCUCUUUUACCACAGCAACACGAAAGAGCCCGGCGUGGCAGGUUUGGCAGAGGUGGCUCGUCUGGCCUAUGACGACUACACCGCGCUGGACAAGACUUCUGAGUACUACUAUCCAAAGGCCACGGCGGAGAGGAACCCGUGGCAGAUGGUGGAUGUGAAGUUUGUGGCGAAGUGGAAGCGCGUAGUCACUCUCUCUGAGAUGAAGGCGUGCAAGGAGUUGCAGAAGAUGGCGCUCUUCACCCAAUCGCGGCUGAGCGUGCAGCCGGUCACCGCCGAUGAGUACGAGUUUAUCGUGCGCAUGGAAAAGGCUGAACAGUCGGCUGCGAAGGUCACGAAGUAA